UCAAAUUUGCAUGAUAAGAGUGGUGAAAAUGUUCCACCAUCUCGAAGAAGAAAAAUCGAAAAUUUUGCUCUGGAGGAUCUUUUUAAUGAACGAGAAAUUAACUGGAAUCAAAAAGAAUUUGUUAAAGUAUGUCAAUCUCGAAGUAUCCGCCUUGAUGACGAUGAUAUUGCUAAUAUAACCAA